AUUCAGUUUCCGUCACAGUUGUAAAAAAGAGAUUGGGGGUUUCUUCUCAAUCUCGCUUCGCUAGCUCGCUCGCUGCCAGAUCCAGGAGUCAAAAUGGAGUCACCACCACCUCACUCGAAUUUGCUCCCCGAAGUCGACUCCUUACCCGAUGGAUUCGUCGACGACGGAGCUGCUGUUGACCAACCUCUCGUUUCUCCGGCGACCGACGAACAAAAUCGUGAUGAUGAUGAUAUCCCGAUCGAGAAAGCAGAGAAGCCCAGGACUUUCCCCGUUCCUCUGUGUGAAGAAACAGAUGGCAAUGACGACGAGGAGGUGGAUGACCUAAGCAAGGUCUCCAGCAAGCUUAGCUUAGAGCAGAAAGAAUCAUCUCCUCCUCCUCCUCAAACAUUAUCAUCAGAAGGGUCUAGUCAAAAUCCAAACUUGGCCAAGGACAAGGCAACGGACUCUACUCAGAGUGUAGAUUCGGUCAAACCCAGAAAACAACUGCAGGAGCGUAAGAGUUCAAAGAACAUGUUCAAAUCAGAAAAGGAGUUUCUUGAAUUCAUGCUCAAGUAUCAACAAGUCAUUUCCGAAAGAGAUUCUGCUAUUACUGUCCGUGACAAGCUUGAGUCACUUUGUAGAGAGUUACAACGUCAAAACAAAAUGUUGAUGGAAGAAUGCAAGCGGGUGUCGACUGAGGGACAGACUUUAAGAUCAGAUUUGUCCACCAAGUUCCAGGAAGCAAUUAAGGAUGUGAGCAUUAAGUUGGACGAGCAAAAGGAUGAAAGCCUCUCUCAACUAAAAGAAAAUGAGAUGUUAAGGACGAAGUUGAAGCACCUGGCCGAUCAAUAUAUGCUUUCAGAACAACAACAUGAGCAAAGGUUGAAGCAGAAAACACUGGAGCUACAGAUUUCUGAACUAAAAAUCAAACAGCACGAGGAGAAACUCAUACAUGAACAGUCUCAGAUGAAGGUUUACGCAGAUCAAGUUUCUCAGCUUUUAGCAACUGAGAAAAACUUGAGGGUGCAGCUAACAUCUGAUGGAGAGAAGUUCCAGCAGUUCCAGGAUGCGUUGGUGAAGAGCAACGAAGUGUUUGAAACAUUCAAACAAGAAAUCGAUAAGAUGUCAAAAGCAAUAAAAGAACUGAGGAAAGAAAACGCAUUCCUGAAGAGCAAAACAGAGAGAUCGGAUCUUACUCUAAUAGAACUCGUUGAAGAGCGUGAAAGACUGAAGAAACAGUUGGAGAAGACAAAGAAUCAGAAAGAUAAGCUUGAAUCGCUUUGCAGAUCACUUCAAGCCGAAAGAAAGCAAAAAGAAACUAACAACACUAGCGAUUCUGCCUCUCAAGCUUGAGAUUGAUUAUGAUUUACUUAAGGUUUCUGUUUCUAUUGGUUUUUUUUUGUUCUUGUGGUAAACUAAUUAGUAAAUUCGAGGAUCAUUCAGAUGUCAGGGUGUUUUUUAACCGGAACCAAAAGACAACCAAAACGAAUAAUAUCCUGCUAGUGGUUAUUGUUUUUUUUUCUUUUUAUAUUCAAAAUAUCUGAACCAGACCAAAUCGAUGUAUGAAUAUAUUUCUAUAUGUUGACAAAAAAAAAAGAAUAUAUUUCUAU